GCGGAUACUUAAGGCGCGGCCACCGCGGCUGCGGCAGUGCGCCCAACAGCGGACUCCGAGAGAUCGGCGGACCUUGCCGAACCACGCUCGCUCUCAACCACUCACCCACCACUCUUGGAACCAUGGCGGCAGUGGCGGCAGCCUCAGCUGAGCUGCUCAUCAUCGGCUGGUACAUUUUCCGCGUGCUGCUGCAGGUGUUCCUGGAAUGCUGCAUUUACUGGGUAGGAUUCGCUUUUCGAAAUCCUCCAGGGACACAGCCCAUUGCGAGAAGUGAGGUGUUCAGGUACUCCCUGCAGAAGCUGGCGUACACGGUGUCGAGGACCGGGCGGCAGGUGCUGGGAGAGCGCCGGCAGCGAGCCCCCAACUGAGGCCCCAGCCCCCAGCCCUGGGCGGCCUCGUCACCAGGUGCUCCUGUGCUUCUCGGCCAGCAUGGGAGCCAAUGCCGCGCAGGAAUGGGGGGUCCCCUGUGCUCUCUCGCCAGAGGAGCAUUUGCCAAGGUCAGUGAGGGGCCGGUAGGCCCCCGGAGAAGCAGCACCGACAAUGACGACAAUACCAGAUCCCUUCCAAACCCCUUUGCACCCCUCCGACUGCUGGGCAGGGUAGAGGGAGGAGGGGGGGUGGGGGGAGCAUACCCCCGAGAUCUGGGCACAGGCAAUGCAUUCUGAUCUGGACCAAGUCGGGACAGUGCCAUCCCAGCCCCGCAGCCAUGGCCAUGCCAACAGGCCCCACCACAGAGAUCCAGACAACCGCACCAGCCAGCAGAAUGGACAUUCCAGCAUCACCAGCCGAAGCCCUGAACCCCGAUGCAGCAGACAAGGCGCCAGCUGCGUGCCUCUGUGGCGGGACUUGAGGGCAAGAGUGAGGGAGGAGGGGUAAGAAACAGAGUGGGGCCCGCUCACUGUCCCUCGCCAACAACACGUGCAUUCCAGCCUUGCUGCCUUUGCUCCCUCAAUUCCCUCCCCACCCCACGGCCUCCUGAGCCCACCCCAAAGAAAUGUGUCACUCAAUUUGGACCUAUUCAACCAGUAAAUGAUCCCAUCUUCACUAAAACACCUUCUCCAAGCCCCCAGCCCCUCACUGAUCUUGCUUUCCCUGGUCUCACGCAGUUGUGGUCAAUAUUGUGGUAAUCGCUAAUUGUACUGAUUGUGUAAGUGUGCAUUAGUUGUGUCUCCCCAGCUAGAUUGUAAGCUCCUGGAGGACAGGGACCACCUCUACAAAAAAAUAAAAAACCAGUACCUCCCCCAUCUUGCACCGUGUCCCAGGACCCUGCGGGGUGGUGGAGGUGCACCAAAAAGCUGUCUCUUGUAACUUCAUUUGCGGCUUCAACACAUACUUCUUAAGACUGGGCUGGUGCA